CUUCCUCUUCUCCUCUCUCUCUCUCUCUCUCUAACUUUUCCUUAUUCUCUCUCCGUAACUUUCUUCACAGCUAGGGUUCCUUUUCCUUUACUUCAAAAUCAUAUCUGGAUUGAACUUCAGUGGGUAUCUCAUUCUCAAGCAUCAGGGCAGCAAGUUGAUGAAGGGAGAGUCAGUUCCCAGGCAUCCUCUUUAUUGCAGAUGUGGCGGGAGCUUGAGGAUGAGCAUGUGGUGAGUCGCUUUCCACAAGAAAGAGUUGUCCCACGAAGGAGUGACAGGUUGAUUGCUGACCACUCAAAGGGUCAAGGUUCGGAUACUGAUAGUAAUGAACAUGGGGGUGGUUGGGAGGUCACAAGUCUGACUGAGAGCGAGUAUGGAGCAUGGUCUCAAAUUCAAAUUGGCUCACCAAAUGAAAAUAUUGAUCCAAGCAAUUUUAACUGUGAACAUUCUUCAGAUUUUGGGGAAGUUGAAAGGGAGAGGGUGAGACAGAUUUUUCGGGAAUGGAUGAACAGUGGUGUGAGGGAACAUCCGUCAAAUGUUUCUCAUAUUAACAACAGCCCAAGGGCAGAGUGGCUGGGUGAAACAGAGCAGGGGAGAGUGAGAAUCAUAAGGGAGUGGGUACAAAUGAAUAGCCGGCAGAGAGGUGCUUUUAGUGACAUUAGAGAAGAGCAAGCUGCUGAUAUCAGUACUCAGAUUGAGCAAAUUCGUGAUGGAUUGGUUGUUAACCAGAAUGAAGGCCGGAAUGAGCAUAGCAGGAGGGGCAUUCGGAGAUUAUGUGGCAGACAAGCUUUGCUUGAUAUGAUAAAGAAGGCUGAGAGGGAAAGGCAAACUGAGCUUCAAGGCUUGUUGCAUUGUCGUGCUGUAUCACAAUUUGCUCACAGAAACCGUAUUCAGUCGUUACUUAGAGGUAGGUUUUUGCGAAAUGAUCAAUUGGUAGAGAAUGAGAGACCCGCUUCCCUGGCAGAAACUGAGCUAGGUUUGUUGAGACAAAGACAUACUGUAUCUGGUCUGAGGGAGACAAGCAUGUGGUGUAGCACGUGACAAUCAUGAGAGACAAGGCCGUCGUGGAUACUAAGCACUGCUUUGCUAAGAAAAAGGUGAGGUUGCGAAAGAGGCUGGUGAAGGAGUUGAAGUCCAAGCUCGCCUCCUCCAAUAAGGGUCUCGCUAGGCUCUCUUCUCAGAUAAUGGCGGCUAAAAAGGUCUGUAAUCGAGCUUGGAGUUAUGCGGAUGUUUUGGGCCUAAAGAAAAUGCAAGAGUUCCUACUAUAGAACACCCAGGUCAACUUGGAGACCCUGGACUUAGAGAUAUUCAAGCUUGAUUAGGAGGCUUGCGAGUUUCUCAACUCCUUGGGUAGAGACCUGUGCCUGACGCCUUCCCUCGUUCUACUGCCCAAAAUUAAUUUUAUGUUGUUUUUUUUUCUUUUUGAGAAUACAUGUGUUUUACGUAAGUUUUUGGCUCCUAUUGCUUUAAUUAAUAUGCAUAUGUUCUAAUUAAAACUUUUUUGA